GUUGAGGUUGAGAGAGAGAGAGAGAGAGAGAGAGAGAGAGAGGGAUCCACAGUGAAGGAGAGAUGUCUGACCUAGACCGUCAAAUUGAGCAGUUGAAGAAUUGCGAGCCGCUGAAGGAGUCUGAAGUUAAAGCUCUUUGCCUCAAGGCUAUGGAAAUCCUCGUCGAAGAGAGUAACGUUCAGAGAGUUGAUGCCCCCGUUACCAUAUGUGGAGACAUCCAUGGGCAGUUUUAUGACAUGAAAGAGCUUUUUAAAGUAGGAGGCGAUUGUCCAAAGACGAACUACUUAUUUCUUGGCGAUUUUGUUGACAGAGGAUUUUACUCAGUUGAGACAUUUCUACUUCUACUUGCUCUUAAGGUGAGAUAUCCAGAUCGGAUAACUCUCAUCAGGGGGAACCAUGAAAGCCGUCAAAUCACACAGGUUUACGGAUUUUAUGACGAGUGCCUUCGCAAAUAUGGCUCUGUGAAUGUUUGGAGAUACUGUACCGAUAUUUUUGAUUACUUGAGUCUCUCGGCUCUUAUUGAAAACAAGAUAUUUAGCGUCCAUGGUGGUCUCUCUCCUGCCAUAACAACACUAGAUCAGAUUAGAAUAAUUGAUCGAAAGCAAGAAGUACCUCAUGACGGUGCCAUGUGUGACCUACUGUGGUCUGAUCCUGAAGACAUUGUAGAUGGUUGGGGUUUGAGUCCUCGAGGUGCCGGUUUCCUGUUUGGUGGCAGCGUAGUUACUUCUUUUAACCACACGAAUAACAUUGAUUAUAUUUGUCGAGCUCAUCAGUUGGUAAUGGAAGGAUACAAAUGGAUGUUUAAUAAUCAGAUAGUUACAGUCUGGUCAGCUCCUAAUUAUUGUUACAGAUGUGGUAAUGUAGCUGCUAUACUUCAACUGGAUGAGAACCUUAAUAAACAGUUUUGUGUCUUCGAUGCUGCUCCACAGGAUUCAAGAGGAAAUCCAGCCAAGAAACCCGCUCCAGAUUACUUCCUCUGAAACCCAACCAAAGAAAACAAAUGCUCAUCAUUUCGUGUAUGUUCCAAACCGAUAAAACGAUAGACAAAUUGUGCAGUCGCAUGGUGCAGACGGUUUCACAAAACCAUGGGAAUCAAUGCCAUUGGACAAGGAUAUUCCUUAAGCAGCAAAAAGCUGUGAUCACUUAGGAUGCUUGAGUUUAGUUUCCUGGUUUUACCCGUUAUUUGUUGUUGAUGUGUUUACAUGUAAUGAGUGCAUUAGAAAUUGUCAUGUAAAAUGCAGAUUCCUCCAAACAAAUGAUGCCUCCUGCUGAUGAUGAUGAUGAUGAUGAUGAUGGGGUCUUCCAAAAGGAGGUGCUCUCAGUAUUCCAUGGCGGUAAGGAUAUGUUUGUUGACA